AUUAAAAAAAAAAAAAAAUCAAAAUUCCAAUUCCACCAUGGAUUAGCAAUUCGAGCACCCAUAGAAAAUCACCCUAAAAAGAAACAGAGAUGGCUGAAACUACAUCUUCAACAUCACCUCCGAAACCGCUUCAGUCGCAAAAUCCCAUGAUGAUGGACCCUUCGUCAUCAACUGCGACACCAGCAUCUUCAUCGGCGACGACGAAUGUUAAUCCUACGCCAACACCAACACCACCACUUUCGACGGCAACAGCGACAACAACAACGUUAACACCAACACCUUCAACGAAUUCGUCAAUUCUUCCUCAAAAUAACAACCCUUCUCCUCAAAUCCCUCCUCCGUCUCCAUCCAUUGACCCUUCCCUGCAAAAUCCACAUCAAAAUUUACAACAACAGCAACAGCAACAGCAAAUCUCUCAAAUUUCAUCUCCACCUUUCCCACCUCUUCCCCAACAACAACAACAACAGCAACAACUUUUACAACAACAACAAACUCAACAAAAUGUUACAGCUUUGCCCAAUUUCCAAAUCCAACAAACCCUUCAAAGAAACCCAUCUAUGACACGCCUUAACCAACAAUUUAACCAACUCCAACAACAGCAACAACAACAAAGCCAGCAGCAACAACAACAACAACAGUCCCAAUACGCCAACGUUUUGAGACAACAAGCUGGGUUUUAUGGCCAAAUGAAUUUUGGUGGGUCCGCUUCAAUUCAAACAAACCAACAACAAAACCAGCAGAAUCAACAGAUGGGCAAUCCCAAUAUAUCAAGGUCAGCUUUGAUUGGGCAAAGUGGUCAUUUGCCUAUGCUCAGUGGUGCAGCUGCAGCUACUGCUCAGUUUAGUUUGCAGUCUCAGCUUUUAUCUUCGCCAAGGCAGAAAGCUGGCUUGGUGCAAGGGUCUCAGUUUCAUCCAGGAAACCCAAGUGGACAAUCUUUGCAAGGGAUGCAGGCAAUGGGAAUGAUGAAUUUGAACUCACAACUAAGGGCUACUGGAGCUCUUUAUGCUCAACAGAGGAUAAAUCAGGGACAGAUGAGGCUGCAGCUAGCACAACAAACACAACUAACAUCUCCUCAGGUUCAAAGCUUACCAAGAACAUCUUCUCAGGCAUUUAUAAACCCUCAGUUGUCAGGGCUGGGUCAGAAUGGACAACCGGGUAUGAUGCAGAACUCUAUCUUGCAGCAACAGUGGUUGAAGCAAAUGCCAUCAAUAUCUAGUCCGGGCUCACCUUCUUUCCGCCUUCAGAGGCAAUCACCAGGCCUCUUGCAACACCAACUGGCUGCUUCUUCUCCUCAGUUGCACCAAAAUGCUAUGGGCUUGAACCCUCAACAAUUGUCUCAGCUAGUACAGCAGCAGUCACAAAUAGGACAUCCUCAAAUGCAGCAGCCACAGCAACAUCAGCAGCAGCAGCUACAACAACAACCUCAACAACAAUUACAACCACAACAAUCACCAUUGCAUCAGCCACAACAACAGCAGUCUCCUAGGAUGCCAGGACCAGCAGGCCAGAAAACUCUCAGUUUUACAGGAUCGCAGCCUGAUGCAACUGCAUCUGGUACAACCACACCUGGAGGAAGUUCGAGCCAAGGAACUGAGGCAACCAAUCAACUUCUUGGAAAGAGAAAGAUACAGGAUCUAGUUUCACAAGUUGAUUCGCAAGGAAAGCUAGAACCAGAAGUUGAAGAUCUACUUCUGGAGAUUGCUGAUGAUUUCAUAGACUCUGUGACUACAUUUGCAUGCAGUUUGGCGAAGCAUAGGAAAUCAUCAACGUUAGAGUCCAAGGAUCUAUUGCUACACUUAGAGAAAAACUGGCACUUGACUAUUCCAGGAUUUUCAAGGGAAGAGCAGAACCAAACAAGACCUUUAUCCAGUGACCUUCACAAGAAGCGUCUUGAUAUGAUACGUGCACUGAUGGAAUCAUCACAGCCUGAAACAAAUGCAAAUAAUCCUAAAGAAACGAUAAGACAAGGGCUUGGCAACCCAGUUGGUGCAAACCAUUUAAUGAGACCUUCAAGUUCCGAGCAGUUGGUUUCACAAGCUGCAGGUUCACAAAUGCUGCAGCAAAUAACUCGUUAUUGAUGGACAGAAGUUGUCAUUCAUUAUCUGGAUCCAAAUUCAAUGUGUAUUUGUAGGUUAUAUAGUUACUGAAGCUUAAGCUGUAGUGGAUUGACAAAAGCAAAAGCUGUAAUUACUUGGUAAGUAUCAGAGACAUGGAACAACUAGUGGAAAAGAUUACAACUAUUUGACCAUCUGAUUUAUCAUUUUCUAUUCAUGAUUUAUGCUGUAAGUGAAUUUAUCAAUGGUGGCUAUAAAGAGAGUUUAGUUCCCUAGU